AUGUUGCGGGCUCCGGAGAUAAGCGGUCUGGGUCGUUCUUGGCCUCCAGCGGCUCCCUUGAGCCAUAGCCAGAGCUUCCAGCCGUCCCUCCUGUCCACGGUUGCAAAUCCCAGCUUCCAAGACUUGCAAAUUCCGCCCUUGCUCGGGCCCUCUCUGAGUGGAGCCGUUCCUGCAGCUCAGGCUUUCGUCUCAGGGCGAGCCGACCCCGACCCAGCCCCCAUCAGCUCAACCGGCCCAGCCACACACCGGAAGCAGGCUCCGGCAGAAUUCGCGGUCCAGAAAGGCAUCAAUCAGGAGUUGCUCGCCGCCUCUGCCACCGAAGACGAGGGUUGUGCUUUGCAGGUCCUCGCCGUUGCCUCCAAGUAUGUGGACCAGAUGAACGGCGUGAACCUGUCGACGGCGAUCCAUCGCAUCGCCCGCGCCUGUCAGCGCUUUAAGAACUCCGCCGAGCAGGUCAGAAAGGCUCCGAGCUUCGUGUCCCUCGUCGUGGCGGCAGAGCGCAUGGUCCUACAGGAGCUGGAGCAUCGGGAUUCACAGAUGCCAGUGAAGUGCUGCACCAUCAUCGCUUGGUCCUGCGCCAGCCUCCGUGUCUUCCGGAAUUCUCUUUUCAAGGCCCUUGCUCGGCUGGCAACAGUGUCCCUCGAGCAGUGCCAGUCCUACGAGAUGACGAAUAUCAUGUGGGCCUUUGGGGAGCUCUGCAAGAGCCGUCGGCAGCUGAGCAAAGAUUUGAAGGAAGACCUCCGCAACCUCUUGGAGGCGACGUGCAGUGUCUUCAUCGCCAGGCCCAUUGGAUGGAAGCUCCAGGUGCUCAUGUCUGCCCUCGUUUCCUUGACCAUCCUCCCUUGGCAGCCCUGCAGCCAGCGCCUCUUCACAGACAUAGCCAGAGAGGUGGCCGGUCGCCAGCAGGAGCUUGCCAAUGAGAAGACCAAACCAUUGGCCAUGGCCUUCCAUGAGCUCCGCACCAAGAAGCCCCAGGCCUUCAAGGAGAUCAUGAUGGCCUUGCAGGACUUCCCCGACUUCGUCGCACACCCCUCGCUGCGGGGCAACCGCUCCGAAGACGUAACGGCCGAAGCCGGGAUCCUGCGGCUAGUCUACGCAGCGCGGUGCGCAGAUGUGAUCGUAGGAUACUCGGAGAUGCGACUUGCCGUGUUGCACUGUCCUGGAUUUCUGAAGCUUCAGGGCUUCAUUUAUUCCAGCCCACUGAAAACAUGUCAGAAGCAUGCUCUCGGUGGUCAGAAGGGCGCUGCCGAAAAGAAUUGCCCUGAGAAGUUGGAGCGUCUACGACUUGAGAACUUGCCAGUGGGCUACCCUCCUGACAGCCCGCCAGUGCCGCGAUUCUUCAAGUCCAAGGAGUCGAAGGUCGUGAAGGCGGUGAAGAGAGAGGAGACCCUCGAGUCCGUCAGCCAGGGCAGCACAGCCGCGAGUCGAGGAUUCUUCGCCAACUAUUCCGACGAUGAGAAUUCAGAGCCGGAUUUGAGCUCGAACGCCUUGAGCUUGCGUGGACCCCCAGGACUUUGUCAGCAAGCGCCACCAGUUACGGCUGCACCGUCGUUGGAGUCAUCGGCAAGCCAUGCAAGCCCAACCAGUCCGAACUCGGGACGUGAGAUUUUCCGGCGUCUCCAAGAGCUGGAGACUUUGAAGGCGGCGCUGUCGCAGUUGGAGGCGGAGGAGAGGAUUGCGAUUGCUCAAGCCAACGCACGGCCAGACCCGGCUCUCAUGGCGAGAAUGCCAGCUUCGAUGUUGAGUUCUCAAGCGAUGUUGCGGGCUCCGGAGAUAAGCGGUCUGGGUCGUUCUUGGCCUCCAGCGGCUCCCUUGAGCCAUAGCCAGAGCUUCCAGCCGUCCCUCCUGUCCACGGUUGCAAAUCCCAGCUUCCAAGACUUGCAAAUUCCGCCCUUGCUCGGGCCCUCUCUGAGUGGAGCCGUUCCUGCAGCUCAGGCUUUCGUCUCAGGGCGAGCCGACCCCGACCCAGCCCCCAUCAGCCCAACCGGCCUAGCCACACACCGGAAGCAGGCUCCGGCAGAAUUCGCGGUCCAGAAAGGCAUCAAUCAGGAGUUGCUCGCCGCCUCUGCCACCGAGGACGAGGGUUGUGCUUUGCAGGUCCUCGCCGUUGCCUCCAAGUAUGUGGACCAGAUGAACGGCGUGAACCUGUCGACGGCGAUCCAUCGCAUCGCCCGCGCCUGUCAGCGCUUUAAGAACUCCGCCGAGCAGGUCAGAAAGGCUCCGAGCUUCGUGUCCCUCGUCGUGGCGGCAGAGCGCAUGGUCCUACAGGAGCUGGAGCAUCGGGAUUCACAGAUGCCAGUGAAGUGCUGCACCAUCAUCGCUUGGUCCUGCGCCAGCCUCCGUGUCUUCCGGAAUUCUCUUUUCAAGGCCCUUGCUCGGCUGGCAACAGUGUCCCUCGAGCAGUGCCAGUCCUACGAGAUGACGAAUAUCAUGUGGGCCUUUGGGGAGCUCUGCAAGAGCCGUCGGCAGCUGAGCAAAGAUUUGAAGGAAGACCUCCGCAACCUCUUGGAGGCGACGUGCAGUGUCUUCAUCGCCAGGCCCAUUGGAUGGAAGCUCCAGGUGCUCAUGUCUGCCCUCGUUUCCUUGACCAUCCUCCCUUGGCAGCCCUGCAGCCAGCGCCUCUUCACAGACAUAGCCAGAGAGGUGGCCGGUCGCCAGCAGGAGCUUGCCAAUGAGAAGACCAAACCAUUGGCCAUGGCCUUCCAUGAGCUCCGCACCAAGAAGCCCCAGGCCUUCAAGGAGAUCAUGAUGGCCUUGCAGGACUUCCCCGACUUCGUCGCACACCCCUCGCUGCGGGGCAACCGCACGUGA